AGCCUGUUGUUGAAAGCACCAUCCAACCGGGCUGUGUCGCUAAGGGAAGAUAGGCUACUUGUGGAGAAGCAACAGAUCCCCAGCUGGAAAACAACCCCACAUCUGGCACGCGAGCUGCGCGUUUUCAGCAGGAAGAACUGGAGGAAUAGCUCAGCGCAUGAUUAAAUGCGCGACUGGAUCCUUCUCGGGCUUCCUCGUCUUGUGCAGAGAAGAGAAAAGUUGUCAGCAAUAGUUGUGGAUUUUGGCGUUGCAGGAUCUGGAUUACAUUUGUCAAAAAGGGGCGAGGAGUGACACAUUUCUUCAGGUUAAGUGGUUCAUCCUACAGGCCCGUACUACCGUGCGUAAUUAGCCAAUAUAGGCUAUAGUCUAUAUUUUUUAUUGGCAACAACCUUGUGUUCAUGGGCGGGAAAUAAGUGCAAUAUCUGGAAGCAUCAAUUUAAUUGUGCAAUCUAUUCGACGAAAACAUCUAAAAACACAUGCAGUGAGACUGGCCACCUGCGUUUUGUUGCGACACCAGACUGUAACAGGUGGUUUUUAUCACUUUGGCGCUGUCUGGACCAUUAGGCUAUUAUUUUGGGGGUAAAUGAGACACACGGGUCAUUCUUAGAACUGGGGUCUGAAAUGAGGACGCACUUUGCGUUAAUUUUCUGAUUUUUUUUUUUGUACGAGUGGACAACCCCUGCUUCUAAAUGAUAAGCUCGGUGUGUGUUUCGUCUUACCGAGGGCGCAAGUCAGGCAACAAACCUCCGUCCAAAUCAUGUCUGAAGGAGGAGAUGGCCAGAGGGGAAGACUCGGACAAAAUUAUCAUCAACGUGGGCGGCACUCGACAUGAAACCUACAAGAGCACCCUUAGGACCCUGCCGGGCACCCGACUGGCAUGGCUGGCAGACCCGGACACUCAGGUCAGUUCGGACUCGGACGCUGCGCCCCCGAGUGCCAACGAGUUCUUCUUCGACAGACACCCGGCCAUCUUCGCCUACGUGCUCAACUACUAUCGAACCGGCAAGCUGCACUGCCCGGCCGACGUCUGCGGCCCGCUCUUCGAGGAAGAGCUGGCGUUUUGGGGGAUUGACGAGACCGACGUGGAGCCGUGCUGCUGGAUGACCUACCGGCAGCACCGGGACGCAGAGGAGGCCCUGGAUAUAUUUGAACCGCCGGACCCGGAGGACACCGACGACGACAGAGAGAUGCCGAGGCGGUUCGGCAUCGAGGACUGUCCGGACAGGUCGAGGGGCUGCUGCGAAGUUUGGCAGCCUAAGAUCUGGGCCCUGUUUGACGACCCAUACUCGUCCAGAGCAGCCAGGGGAGUGGCAUUUGCCUCUCUCUUCUUCAUCCUGGUGUCCAUCACCACCUUCUGCCUGGAGACCCACGAAGCCUUCAAUGAGCUGCAGAAUCGGACAGAGCAGAUUGUGGUGGGCAAUGUCACAGAAAAAGUGGAGAGGAGGGAGAUGGUGACCAAGCCCAUCCUCACCCUGGUAGAGGGCAUCUGUGUGAUCUGGUUCACAUUUGAAUUCCUGGUGCGUAUCAUCUGCUGCCCAGACAAGGUGGUCUUCAUCAAGAACACGCUCAACAUCAUUGACUUUGUGGCCAUUCUGCCAUUCUACCUGGAGAUGGGCCUGAGCGGUCUGUCAUCUAAAGCUGCCAGCGAUGUGCUGGGCUUCCUCCGUGUGGUGCGGUUUGUUCGGAUCCUUCGGAUCUUCAAGCUGACGCGGCACUUUGUAGGUCUGCGCGUGCUGGGCCACACGCUGAGGGCCAGCGUCAAUGAAUUCCUCCUUCUCAUCAUCUUCUUGGCACUGGGUGUUCUCAUCUUCGCCACCAUGAUAUACUAUGCUGAGCGCAUUGGAGCCAGCCCCGACGACCCUACAGGCUCCAACCACACACACUUCAAGAACAUCCCCAUCAGCUUUUGGUGGGCAGUGGUCACCAUGACGACGCUGGGCUAUGGAGACAUGUACCCACAGACGUGGCUGGGCAUGAUGGUGGGGGCGCUGUGCGCGCUGGCCGGGGUGUUGACCAUAGCCAUGCCAGUCCCUGUCAUUGUCAAUAACUUUGGGAUGUACUACUCGCUGGCUAUGGCCAAACAGAAGCUCCCAAAAAAGAAGAAGAAGCACAACCCGAACCCAGACGCUCCGACUGACUCAGCCUCCUUUGGGAAGUCGGAAACAAACUCACACAGAGACAGCACUCAGAGCGACACAUGUCCGCUGGCUGCUGAGGAGAGUGUCAGCAGGAAUCGCUCAGACUCUAAACAGAACGGGGAUGCAAAUGUGGCCCUUUCAGAGGAGGAAGGCUGCAGCCUGACCCAGCCGCUGUCCCCCAGCGAAAAGUGGUCCCUGCGGUGCUCCCGAGGGCGAGACAAGACUAAGAAAGAGGCCACCUGCUUCCUCCUAACCUCUGGAGACCCCAACGUCCAUACUGAGAGCUGUAAAGACAUCCUCGCUGCCACUGGAAACUACGCUCAGCCGGAGGUCACCACUCUGACCUGAUGCUGAUUGGCUAUGAAAAGGAGAAAGAGCAUGAACUUGCGGUGGAGUACAUGCUGUGUAGAGCUUCAGCUCUCAUCUCUGCUUUCUUUUCCUCCCUGAAUGAACUGCAGACCAGAUUCUUUUUAUUCAAGACAAGAUUUUUUUGGUCAUACAUCCAAAACCCUGUGGUACAAAAUCAGUUGCAUUGCAGAUUUACCAUGUGUACACUCAUUUACAUGUUACAAAGCAUUUUGCAUGUGUUGCAUGAUCUAGCAUUGUAUGAUGUACUUUAAAAACUGGCUAUCAAUGAUAUGCUUAUCAAUUAGUGGACAUGUCAUAGCUUGUCUUAAAGGUCCUGAAAUCUUCUCAAUUAGCUUCUUGUUAUGACCAGUGGGGUCCUACAUGAACACACAAUUUUCUGCCAAUGUUGGAACAGUUUUGGUUAUUUCACAUAAGAGAUUUCUGUAUCCUUUUUUUCCCUCUGCGCUCUUCUCACUGGUUUGAAGUGGGCAGGGGCUCAGUUGAAAAACGUUAAUGUCAUGUAUGUCAUGCUCCAAUCAGGAUUUAGCAACAUUUGAAUCAGACUCUGAUGACAGUUGUAGGGUUGUUACUGUCACUGUCAAAUUUUAUCAAACCACACCCACACAGUCCUGAUAAAGCAGAUUAGCUGAGUUUUUGGGUCGUAAAACUCUCAUUAAAUAAUAACUACCUUAUUAUUUAUUGGUCGACUUUGACUGUUGCUUAUUCAGGCAUGACUAUUUCAUAUUAGAUUUGAAACAACAUUUUCAUCUGAAGUGAGUCUGUUUUAACCAUUUAGCAACAUACAUUGUUAGUGUGAUUCUUUUUUUUCAUGUUUGGAGUAAUAUGUACAGAAACAGUCUCUUUUUGGAACAAAAACACAAAACAAAACUUCAUCAUCAUUUGGUUUAAUGUCUUAUAGCUGUUAACUGUCGAGUAAGAACACCCAAACACUUGUGAAUAUGGGUUUGUACAGCAAAACUGUUACUGUGAACUAGGAUUAGAUGAAAACUUGAAAUCAUUGUUCAAUCCUCAUCAAAACAGACCCAGAGUUCUUUGUCGAUCAUCCGGUCUCUGCCUUCUGUCGUGCCACUGCUUUUUAACACUGACCACAGGGACAACAUGCAGAUAUUUUGUCGAGACACAGCGUGGUAUGAAUGCUGCUCAGGCAAGACAUUGUUUGUAAAUCCUUGUACAAAAAGAGAGUUUAACAAAACAAACAAAAAAAUCAAUAGAGCAGUAUUGUCUAAUACAUUAGCCGUAUACAACUGAUGCAUCAUUACUGGUUGAUUCCGGACCAAAUGUAGACUCUUAGAUUACAUGGUAGAUUUUCAGUACCAUCGUUGGUAAAAAAAAAAAAAAAAAAAUACAUACAGUGCAAUGCCAUCAGUUCCACUUGUGCCUCAUGUUGAGUAAUGGAGCUUAAAUGUGCAGUAAUGUAAUUAGAUUUGUUCCUUAACACUUCUGGUUGUGUCAGAUCUGUAGAAACCCUGUUACAUGUUUCCACGGAGAGAGAAAUAGGAGGAUUGUGGUUUCUUUCACUUGUGACUUAUAAUAUAUUCCUCAUGGUCUACCAUAGUGGCCUUAUGUUUAAUAAACAAAGGGAAAGCUCAUUUCAUCUUCAUUAGACUCCAGCUUCAUUUCUAUGCUGACCCAGAGGUCUGUAAUUAUGUAUAAGCACAGUUGUACGUAUGUAGCACAGUACAAUAUUCUGGAUGAUUCCUUAAACUCAUUUCCCUCUGUAUAUGACAUGCUUAUGCACCAUUAAAUAGCUGUUAACCAAUAAUGAAAGAUUAUUAUUUUGAUAAUUCACCUUUUUAGCCUAAUUUCCUGUUUUCCUUGUUGUAUAUACUCGAAUGUGAUGGAGAAGCACACAGCACAUCAGUUUCAUAUCUCCCCUAUUAUGGAUUGUAUAGGUGACUGUGAUGGAUUUUAACCUGGUCCAACUGUCAGAUGUUGUAUGUAUGUGUGUGUGUGCGCGUGUGUGUGUGCAUGUGUGAUGUUGUAUCAUGUAGGCACAUGUUUCUAUGCAGAAAUAGAAAUAAAAUCCAUUUCCCACCUGG